UUUUCAAAACCAUGGCGGGAGAACCGACAACACUUUGGCUAGCUGCUGCCCACAUCUUUAGUGCCUUGCAGAUGCAAUUGAAGUUGCUUUGCAUCAUCGUGCAGUGCUAUGCUUCGAUAGAAUCGGAUUCAUCUUGCGAGCAACGUCUUCGGACAAUAAAAAGUCAUUUGGAUGAGAAAUUGAAGAGAAGCAGUUCGAAGUUCGAAGACUCAAAGAUCACAGGGGCCAGUGUUUUGGUCACAUGUCCUGAACAAUUUUGAUGAUGAUGAAUGGCGGCGUGAAUUCCGAAUGUCGCGGCAGACCUUCGACUUUGUAGUGGGGCUUGUUGAACUGCAUCUAAGGCGCAAGGCAACAAACUGGCGACAGCCACUGGAACCACGGAUCAGACUAGCCAUUGCUUUGUGGUGGUUUGCUAGCACAUGCAAAUACAGAUGUGUUAGCUCUAUGUUUGGCGUCGGUAUCAGCACUGUAUGUAUUGUGGUGCAGGAAGUUAGUGCCGUCCUGAAGAUGGCUCUUCGCCGCUUUGUAAGCAUGCCGAGUGGCGCACGUCUUCAGGAGACAAUCGAUGGAUUUGCUGAACGGGGCUAUCCGAUGUGUGCAGGUGCCAUCGAUGGUACACAUAUUCCCAUUAUUGCCCCCAGGAACGACCCAAACUCCUACUACAACCGCAAGGGCCGGCACUCCGUUGUUCUCCAAGCUGUCGUCGACCACAACUGCUGCUUCACAGACUUGUACGUGGGUUGGCCUGGUCGCACACACGAUGCUCGAAUUUUGGCCAACUCGCCCAUCUUCAUAAAGGCUGAACAAGACGGCUACCUCUUCCCACGUGAAGCAUCCCGAACUGUUGGUGAUGUAGAGAUCCCUGUUCAUAUAAUUGGAGACCCUGCAUAUCCACUCAGGAAGUGGCUGAUGAAAGGCUUCACGAACCACCACGCACUCGAUCAGCAGCAGCGGAAGUUUAACUACCGUUUGAGUUCACCGAGGAUGGUAGUGGAAAAUGCCUUUGGACGCUUCAAAGGUCGUUGGAGGUGCCUGUCCAAGCGACUCGAUGUUGCCACUGCUUCCGUAUCUGACGUUGUUCUUGCUUGUUGUGUUCUUCACAACAUUUGUGAGCUCAAUAAAGAAAAAUUUUUACUGGAGUGGAACAUUGAACAAGUCAUCCGCCCUGCUCCAGACCAUAAUGUUGCUCCACCAGGUGUUAGCUGGGGAAUGGUGGCAGAGGAGAGUGGUAGGACGCUGCAGCAGGUGCACGGUAGUGGCGUGGGGUGCUGUGCUCUGGUACAGGAGCUGGGAUUCUUGCAAUCAUGUCCCGCAUAA